AUGGACGAUUUUAUCUGCCCUUUUUGUCGAAAAAUUCUGUUGAAGCCUAUCACAGUUUCCUGUGGUCACACUUUCUGCAAACCCUGCGUUACCCGCUCUUCAAAUUCCCAGCGAAAAUGCCCAAACUGUGACUCCACAUUUCAAGUUUCUCCACAUAGCAAGCCCAACAUCUUAAUUCAAUCUCUUAGUAUAGUUGAACUAAUUUUUGUAGAUUCUAUCUAA